CUGGGUCAGGCUCCUGAGGAGGAGUUCAGUGGAGCUUUCCCAGAGAAAUGUCAGCUUCAACCAUGGAAGCCCAAUGUCCCGGUGAGAGAGGAAGCUUUUUUAAGAUGCAGAACUUUGACAGAGCUGCAAUGAGAAAGCCUGCCUUUGAAGCACUGAAUUCUUUCUUUCUGUAGGUCAGGCUUUUGUAAUUUGAUGGAGUGACAUAAACAACAGCAUGUGCUUCAUUUCAACCUGAUGCUACAUUAAAUUGGGAGUGCUUGUUAAUUGACACAAUCGCUUCAGAAAUCGGAGAACUGAAACAAGAAAUGGUACACACAGAUCUAGUGCUGGAAGAUGGGCCCACCAGUUUACAAAGUUAGUCUCAAAGGUGCUGCAUGAUCCCUUUGCCUACUGAUUUUCCAGACUAACAUGGCUAUGUCUUUGAAUUCUGCUACUUGUAAGAGGCUACUGAGAGCUGACAGAAACGAAAUGGCUAGAGGGAUCCUGAACUUAGACAGAGAUAUGGGUGAUGUGUGCCCGGAUCAUCAAAAGGAUUUAAAAAGCAUCACACGAGAUUCUGGUUAUGACAGCCUUCCCAAUAAGCUCAGCAUUCUAGAUAAGCUUCUUCAUACACAUCCAAUUUGGUUACAGCUUGGCUUAAAUGAUUCUGAAGCAGCUGAAGUUCUGCGGUCACAACCUCCUGGAACCUUCCUUGUUAGGAAAUCUACAAAAAUGCAGAAGAAAGUCUUGUCUCUUCGUCUACCAAAUGACUGUGCAUUUUACCUAAAAGAGUUCGCAAUAAAAGAAAGCACAUAUACCUUUUCCUUGGAAGGCUCCGGAAUAAGUUUUGCUGAUUUAUUUAGGCUCAUAGCAUUCUACUGUAUUAGCAGGGAUGUCUUGCCAUUCACCUUGAAGUUGCCUCAUGUUGUUGCAACAGCAACAACAGAAGCUGAACUUGAAGAGGUGGCUCAACUAGGACUAAAUUUUUGGAGCUCUCCAACUAACAAGAGACUGCAAAAUCCUUCACCCCUCCAGAAGUCUCUCCCUUCAGACAGCAUUUAUAAAGACUCCCAGCAGCUCUGCCUCAUAAAUGGAGUUCAUUCUAUAAGAACCAGAACGCCUUCAGAGCUGGAGUGCAGCCAGACCAACGGAGCCUUGUGUUUUAUUAAUCCGCUCUUCUUGAAAGUGCAUAGCCAGGAUGUUGGUGGAAGUUUAAAAAGACAGUCUCCAAGAACUCAAGAUGUGAAUGGCCCAGAGAGAUCUCGUUCUCCCCCACCCAGGCCUCCCCCACCUUCUAUUCAUAGUCUCCUUGCAAGCCCUCAGCUGUCCAGGACUGUAAACCAGGCCAGUCUGCCAGAAACUGUUGACAACAGCAAACACUGGAACUUGGAAGGGCUGCAGAAGAGGCCGACUCCUAUCCCACCACCUCGCCUGAAGAAGAAGGCUCUCUCUCUAGAGGCAGAGAGCAACGCAAAGAACUCAGCUGUAACUGGACUAAGCUGUAACUCAGUGCAUGGCUCAGAAGUUGCUAGCAUUCCAGGUGGAGCCCCGCCUCAACAAAACUUAGCAGAGAGCAAAAAAAACUUAGCUGCACACUCUGAGUCACAAGUUCAGUGGAAUGGAGGCAGGCAGAGACUAAGCGACAUGAGCCUGUCUACAUCCUCCUCUGACUCCCUGGAUUUUGACAGGAGCAUGCCGCUCUUUCCUUACGAUGCGGAUACUAACAGCAGCCUGGAAGAGUAUGAGGGGGAAAGUGAUCAGGAGAGCAUGGCACCACCCUUGAAACCCAAGAAGAAAAGGACCAGUUCAUUUGUGCUACCCAAAAUUGUUAAGUCUCAGCUGAGGAAAGUGAGCGGUGUUUUCAGUUCCUUCAUGACCCCAGAAAAGAGGAUGAUCAAGAAAAUAGCAGAGAUGUCUCGAGACAAGCGCACUUAUUUUGGUUGCCUGGUUCAGGACUAUGUGAGUUUCCUGCUGGAGAAUAAGGAAUGCCACGUUUCUAGUACAGACAUGCUUCAGACUAUCCGGCAGUUCAUGACCCAAGUGAAGAGUUACUUGUCUCAAAGCUCUGAACUAGAUCCUCCCAUUGAAUCCCUGAUUCCAGAAGAUCAAAUAGAUGUGGUGUUAGAGAAGGCCAUGCAUAAGUGCAUCCUGAAACCCCUGAAGGGCCAUGUUGAGGUGAUGCUGAAAGAGUUCCAUACAGCUGAUGGCUCCUGGAAGCAGUUGAAAGAGAACCUCCAACUGGUCCGACAGCGAAAUCCUCAGGAGUUGGGGGUGUUUGUCCCAACACCAGACUUUGUAGAUGUUGAAAAGAUUAAGGUCAAGUUCAUGACCAUGCAGAAAAUGUACUCUCCUGAAAAGAAAGUCAUGCUACUACUAAGAGUGUGCAAGCUGAUUUAUACUGUCAUGGAGAACAAUUCAGGGAGAAUGUAUGGAGCUGAUGACUUUUUGCCAGUGCUGACUUAUGUUGUGGCUCAGUGUGACAUGCUGGAGUUGGAUGCUGAAAUUGAAUACAUGAUGGAGCUGCUGGACCCCACUUUGCUGCAUGGAGAAGGGGGCUACUAUUUGACAAGUGCAUAUGGAGCACUUUCUUUAAUUAAGAAUUUUCAGGAAGAACAAGCAGCCAGGCUAUUGUGUUCAGAAGCUCGAAAUACUCUCAGGCAGUGGCAUAAGCGAAGAACAACAAACAGAACAAUCCCAUCUGUUGAUGAUUUUCAGAACUAUCUACGAGUUGCAUUCCAGGAAGUAAACAGUGGCUGCACGGGAAAAACCUUGCUAGUGAGACCAUAUAUCACUACCGAAGAUGUCUGCCGUCUUUGUGCUGAGAAGUUUAAAGUGGACAAUCCUGAUGAUUACAGCCUGUUUCUUUUCAUUGAUGACACUUGGCAGCAGCUGACAGAAGACACUUACCCUCAAAAAAUCAAAGCUGAACUUCACAGUAGGCCACAGCCCCAAGUCUUCCAUUUUGUUUAUAAGCGCAUCAACAGUGACCCUUAUGGGGCCAUUUUUCAGAACGACUACAGUGACUACAAUUCAUAAAGUUGAGAUUUUAUAUUGUUGUGUUAUAAGUGCUUAAAAACACUGUUUGCUUGUUGACUGAAUUGUUUUUGGCCCAUAUGUGGUUUGCAGAGUUGUAAACCCCUCACUGACUGCAAUUGAUAUACAUAAAAUGAUCAGGCAGUUGUUCAGUGUGUACAACAGUGGUGCCACUGUAUACAGCCACAGGAGUUGAACUCUUCAAGAGCAUCAUCUGAAAUUAAUUACAGUAGAUCCACCUUCAGAUCUAUACUACAUUUUACUUCAUAUCCUUAGUGCAAGCACUAUUUUCAUUUAAAUAUUCAGAAAGCCAGGCCUUUUGUAAAGUAACUAGUAGGCUGUCCCAUUUUCACCAGUGUACAUAUGCUAUACUAUCCGAUGCAGGGCAUCAGUAAACUCUGUUAUAUGGAUGGUAACAGUCUUCUCUGAAAUAGUUUUUAUAUAUAUAUAUUUCACUGAAGGCAACAUGAUUUUAUAUAUUUCACAGAAGUUUUAUAGCAGUUGCAGGUAAACUGUCAUUAGUUUUUAAGUAUUUUUUAAGCUAUAAAAUGUUCUAUAAUUAUGCAUGUGAUUAACAUUUAAUAUGCAAAAUGGAUCUCUUGCUGGUUUUAGAGUAUUACAUUGAACAUUUCUAUGAACGAUUUUGCCUUUUUCUACCAAGAUUUAAGAAUUUCAAAUAUCAAACACCAUUUAAAAAAACACCUUUGGAAUGAUUCUAUAAACAGUUUUAUUUUUAACACUGGCUACCCAAAGCCUUCUGUAUAUUGGAUGUAAAAAAUUUCUGGAGUGUUUAUAUACUGCAAUCUUGAAUACAGGAAAAAAUUAAAUGAGGGAUUUGAAAGGUGAAUAAACAGAAUGGGGAGGUGAGAGGAUGUAGAGAGCUUGUUUAAAGAAUAAAAAGUCUUAGGGAAUGUGUUCACAGUUCCCAUUUUAACAACA